UGAGAAUAAACCUUAUGUCAACGCAAACAAAACUAAAUCAUGUCAAGUCGAAAUUAAUUGUAAAUCUCGUGUAAUAACAAAAAUAUUCACGUAAUUCUUUAUGUGCAAAAAUCCAUUUUCUAUUUCUAUUAAUUUGACGAGGGAGACACUAAAGUAAUGGCUGAAAAAACAGAAACCAGUCCUGAAGAGUCAACAAGUACACCAAAACAAGAUGACAAGCCUUCUGGCAACUGGUGGGAUACAUGGCUGUCAUCUGCCAAAACAAAGUCAGCCGAGGUGUACUCUAUGGUGAAGAAAGAUUUAGAUGAGAUUGGAACAGCAGUAAAAUGUGAGGCGAGCCAUGUCUUCAGUUCCACCUCUAAUGCCCUGGGCAAGACUUUCAAGUUUGAUGAGCCAGAAUCCACAGCAAAUGCUGUGAAGAAAAGUUUCAGCACAUUUAUUGAGCAAUUUAAUAUAGUUCUAAAUCCGGAGCCGGAUGAUGAAGAUGAUACCGAGGUGAUACUGUCAUCAGGUGAUACAACAAUGCUGUCUACAUACAAGAAAGAACUAGAAGCACUGCAGCGUGUGGAUGCGACAUAUAUUGUGCCAGUGGAUAGCGCUGAGUUUGAAGCGUGGCGUGAGAGUACAGAGAAUGAUACGCCAGGUCUGAUCUUGCCUCAUACGGCAGUCAAGCGGUUAGAAGCUAAUCCGAUACUGAAAGAACAGUAUGUGAAGUUGGUACCGGAUGCUGUAUCUUUUAAUGAGUUUUGGGAAAGGUAUCUAUUCCGUGUGGCGUUACUGCAAGACCGUUUGGCUGCUGCGUCUCGCAAACAACCUGUAGAGUCUGUCACUGCCGACCCCGUUUUGGCCAAUUUACCUCUACAAACGCCAAUACAACAAAGUCCGAAGAAAGUUCUCUCUGGUCUUGAGGAAACGUAUGAAAAAGAAGAGGAGAUUGUACAAUGGGAAGAAGAAGAAUUCCCACAUGACGUUGAACUCACAGAAGAACAACAGAUCCUACUUCUAGAAGAAUAUGAAAAAGAAAUCACACAGAAGAAGAUAAACAGACGCUCAUCAUCAAAAGAUUUAAUCAAUAAUAAUGCUGAUAAACCACAAACACUCAAAGACGAAUUGAACAAUACAAUAGAGAAGAAAAACAAAAAUGGCCGUUCACCUAAAAGACAAGCAAAAUCAGACGAAUGUGGUAACAAUUUGGUAGAAGAUUAUUUCGGAGAUAAAGAAGUGAAAGAUGACGCGAGCGCGAAUUCAGAUGAAAGUUGGGAAAAAGAAUUUGAAAUGGACGAACCUUUAGGACAGAAAGCCUGACUGCAAAAUCCGGCCAUGUUAUAGUAAAAAAAAAAUAUAUUCACAUAAUAUACAAGACUAUGUCCUAUAUAAAUUCAAAGGCUUGGUUAACCUAAUCAAAUUAAAAAAAUACAUUUUC